GGGAUGCAACAACUUGCAGCAUGAAACUCCUCAACCUCGUUUCUCUCAGCACACACUUUCUUUUCUACUGCUUCUACUUGGAAGUAGAAGCAGGAGUUUCUAAAGGUCCAUUGCAAAUAACACACCCAUUGGACCCUCUAACCAAAGAAGAAAUAACCCUUGUCCAAACAAUAGUCCUAAAAAAAUACCCAAUAUCCAAAAACCGUGUUUCCUUCCACUACGUUGGCCUAGACGACCCAGAAAAAGCCACGGUCCUCAAAUCGAUCUCCACGGGUUCCAAAACCUCACGCAAUGCCUUUGUAAUAGCCAUCAUUAACAGCCAAACCCACGAAAUCUUAGUAAACCUUCAAUCCUCCAACGUUGUAUCCGACAAAAUCCACCAAGGAAACGGUUUUCCAACCUUAACUGCAGAAGAACAAGCGGAGGCCAUACUACUGCCACUUAAGUAUGGUCCCUUUGUUGAGUCAGUUAAGAAAAGGGGUUUGAAUUUGUCGGAGGUUGUUUGUUCCAGUUUUACGGUUGGUUGGUAUGGGGAAAAUAAUAGCCAAAGGGUUGUGAGGAUUGAGUGUUUCAUGAAAGAGAGCACUGCUAACAUCUAUGUCAGACCUAUUAAUGGAAUAACAAUGUUGGUUGAUCUUGACCACAUGAAGUUUGUUGAGUACCAUGAUAAGGUCGUUGAACCUGUCCCGAAAGCGCAAAAUACUGAAUAUAGAGCCUCACGUAUGAAACCACCCUUUGGACCAAAGCUUCAUUCUUAUGCUUCUUAUCAACCCGAGGGACCAGGGUUCACUAUCAAAGGCCACAGCGUCAGUUGGGCCAAUUGGAAGUUUCACAUAGGGUUUGAUGUAAGAGCUGGUGCCAUAAUUUCAACUGCAUCAAUUUACGACCUUGAGAUGCAUAAAUCACGACAAGUAUUAUACAGAGGUUACAUAUCUGAACUGUUUGUGCCAUACCAAGACCCAACGGAGGAAUGGUAUUAUAAGACUUUCUUUGAUGCUGGUGAGUUUGGGUUUGGUCAAUCUAUGGUUUCUUUGGAACCUAUGCAUGAAUGUCCACCACAUGCUCAGUUCUUUGAUGUCUAUUAUGCUGGAAGGGAUGGUAGCCCACAACACUUGCAAAACGCUAUCUGUGUCUUUGAACAAUAUGGUGGAAUCAGCUGGCGCCACACUGAAACAGGCAUUCCCAACGAGGAAAUAAGAGAGGUCAGAUCAGAUGUCACCCUAAUUGUUAGAUCAGUGGUUACUGUCGGCAACUAUGACAAUGUGAUAGAUUGGGAGUUCAAGCCAAGUGGCUCAAUCAAGCCUGCGAUAUCACUAUCAGGCAUGUUGGAAAUUAAGGCAGUGGAUAUUAAACACAAGGACGAAAUAAAGGAUGAUCAACAUGGCACAUUGGUCUCAGAACACAGCAUUGGUGUAUACCAUGAUCAUUACUACAUAUACCAUCUUGAUUUUGACAUUGAUGGUUUAGAUAACUCCUUUGUGAAGACCAAUCUCAAGACAGUGCAGGUCACUGACCACAGUUCCAAGAGAAAGAGUUAUUGGACAACUACUAGUGAAAUUGCUAAGACUGAAUCUGAUGCAAAGAUCAAACUAGGGUUUAGCCCAUCUGAACUAGCUGUGGUGAAUCCUAAUAAGAAGACUUCUACUGGAAAUGAAAUAGGGUACCGUUUGGUUCCAAAUGCAGCUGCACAUCCACUUCUCACAGAGGAUGAUUACCCUCAAACACGAGGUGCUUUUACCAAUUACAAUGUUUGGGUUACUCCAUAUAAUAAGACUCAAAAAUGGGCUGGUGGAUUAUAUGUUGAUCAGAGUCGUGGAGAAGAUACAUUAGCUGUUUGGACUAAGCAGAAUAGGGGUAUUGAGAACAAGGAUAUUGUGGUUUGGUACGUAGUGGGCAUUCACCAUGUUCCAUGCCACGAAGAUUUUCCAAUAAUGCCAUUGUUGAGCACUGGAUUUGAGUUAAGGCCAACAAAUUUCUUUGAGAGAAAUCCAGUUCUUAAGACUCUUUCUCCAAAUAUUGCUAAGUACCCAGCUAGUUGCCACAAGCCAUAGAGCAUUUAGUUUAAAUUUUA